AUGCGCCAGCUCAUGCUCGAGAACCAAGCUCUCCGAGAGGCCUUCGGAGACACCCAGAAGAGGCUUAUGGAACUCGAGGAUGAGCGGCAAUGCUUCCUGGAUGAGGGAGUUUACGACGUGGUGAACUCGAUUUGUGGCCAGACGGGCCUGUCACCAAGCAAGUCCUGCCUGAUGGGCGAUGCGGAUGCUGCAAAGCCCAAAGGUGCAGCGGGUACAAUCACCUUCCACAUAGGAAGUGCCGACCCCGUGGAGCAUCUGUCCUUUUGCGGCUCGCCGGUGGCCUCGCCGACCGUGGCCUCAAUCCUUGCGCGUCGCUCGGAGCAGGAUGUGAGGUCUGCCGAGCUGAGCGGGGAGAACGAGAAGCUCCGAAGGGAGCUAGAGCGCACCACCAAGAUCCUGGAGGUCCUGGAGCAACAGAAGCACCUGGCAGUUGACAAAAUGGUGGCCCUGGAGCAGGAGCACAGCACGUUGCUGCGGAGGCUCCGGGAGCUGCAGGAUGCAGGCCCCGCUUCUCUCACCGCAGAGUUCGAGGAGUGCCCUGUGCUUCGGAUGAGCGAUCCUGUGCAGCUGGGCGGCAUACUGGAGCCCAGCAAAGGCAUCCCGUUGGAAUGGCAGCGCCUGAGCCGCCCGCGCCAAAGCUUCGCCGUCGCCUUGGCCGUCGGCUUGGGCGUCGCUUGCGCCGACUCAGUGUGCUUCGCGCUGGUGGCGGGGCCGCUGAAGGCGCGGCUGCUGGCUGCCGUGGCGUCAGGUCGCAAGGAGGAGAUCUUCGCGGCGGCGGAGGCCUUGGAGCGCCUGGACUGCACCGAGGCCUCGGUGGGCGGCAGGUGGUCCUUGGUGUACUCAACCCAAACCCAAGGCUCCGACGAGGAGCAGUCUUUCUUGGGCGCCAUCAACGGCGCGCUGUACCGCGGCUUCUUCCGCUUCGCCCCGUUUCUGGCGGGGGGCCAGGAGAACGUGUUGCAAGCCCUUGGGCCGUUCGGAUUUUCGGUGGGCAACGAGCAGCUGGUGGACGUGGUCAACAAGCGGGUGGACAAUCGCGUGGCCUUGCGCUUUGGGCCGGGUAAAGGUGUUAAACUCAAUGUUCAGGUGAUCGGAGAGCUGGAGGGAAAGGACGAGCGGGACUUGGCGAUCACCUUCACGAGUUUCAAGGUGCCGCCCUCUCUGGAGCUGCCUUUGCCUCGGCCCACAGGCCGGCUUCGCACCACCUUCUGCGAUUCCACCAUGCGGCUGUCGCGCGGAGGUGUGGCGGACUUUUGCUGCGCCCAGCGGCGGCCCUCGCCGCCGCCGGAGCAGCAUCUAGCGAAGGUCCUCACCGCGAAGGUGCAGCGCUACUGCACCGCCGUGGAGUCACGGCGCGAGAACCUGGCGGCGGUGGAUGGCUUCUACCGCCCUGCGGCGGAAAGCGAGCUGAUGGUUUGCCAGUGGCGUGUCGAGGCCAUUGAGGCGCAGCAGCGCGCCCUGGCGGCGGGCGCCUCAGGUGGUGCGGCUGACUCUCUGGGCGAGGCGGUUGCAGCGGCGCUGGUGGAGCGACAUUGGGGAAGGGUGGAGCUCUCGCAGCUCCGGGAGGGCGCCGUGGCGGGCCUCGAAGAGCGGGCGACGCACUACGCGCUGCUGGCGGAGGGCCAUACCGCCCACACCGAGGCGGAGCGCGACGCCGCUAUGGGGUGCUACCGGCAGCUGGCACCUGGGAUUGGAGAGUCAGCAGAAGCGGGUCACGACUGGAUCAACAAAAAGGUGGCGGAGGUCUUCACGGAAGCCAGCGCCGAGAUGCAGGGGCUGCUGGAGGCGAGGGGCUGCGCCUUGGGCUUGUUGGGCUCCCUGGAGCGGCGCAGAAGCUUCUGGGCCCGCGAGCUGGAGGAGACAUGGGCCGCCUGGCAUGAUGCGACCGCGCGUAUGCACACCGCAGGCUACGAUGCCUUGUGCGCCUGGAGGGAGAUCGCCGAAGUUUUAGAGUCUGCUUGCCAGCACUUUGAACGCUUGCAAGAUGGGGGGCAGAAGGUCAUCGCCAAGCCGGAGCUGCGCGAGGCGCUGGUCACCUUCGCGGCACGGAGCUUGGAGCUGGAACUCACCAACUCCCUAGGCCUCAGCGGACUUCACGGGGGUGAGUCCCCUGGGGGAAGUGACCGCUUCGCCCUGGAGACGAGGCUGGACAUGCUCACCUCGGUGCUGCAGCUGCUGGAGCACCUGAAAGUGCUGGACCGGGUGGGAGAGGCGCUGCUCCGCCCAGGCGUUGAGGACAUGCCUUUGCCCACCAGCCGGGCUGCCGCGCGGCUUGCCGGCCGCACCAAGGGCCAAGCGCUGGCGCAGGCUGGGCUGCGCCUGAAGUCGGAGGAUUUCUCCUGGAUGGGCAGCAGCGGGGAGAGCGCCCGCGUGCUGCUGCCCUGGUUCAUCGACUGCGUGGUGGAGGCCGUGGCGGCAGCGUCUCAGCGGCAAAAGGCACAGGAGGACGCGUCGCUUCCCUUUACCCUGUGGAAGCGCCUGGACUUCCAGACGGUGGAGUCCCUGCUGGACAGCUGCCGCGCCUUGGGCGGCGAGGAGCUCGCUGCUGCGGUGCAGGGCGCAGCUGCGCCGCAGGUGAGCGAGCCGCGGAGCCUGCGGCAGCUCACGCGGGAGCUGUCCACCAGCUGCGUCUCGGAAUCGGACUCAUGA